AUGCAAUUUUUCUCUGAUUUACUUCCAGACGCUGUAGCGAGGGCGCCUCUCUCCUCCCGGAACGCCAAUGGUCGCCUGGAGACUGACCGAAGCCGCGCUAAGCUCACGCCGAAGGAUCUCCUUCAACUGCCGUCCGUAGGCAUCAGCCUUCCGAACCCGGCUGGAACAGUGCUCGCCCUGCCAUACUCCGUUUGGUCUCAUGACAGAGAUACCGAGCUGAACUUCUUGCGCAUCUCAUUGAUCAGUGCACCGACAGAGUCCGAAGCAGUCUUGUACGAGAUUCGUCUACAAAAUCCGGGCGAUGCUUUCUGGUACGAUGAUGAUACACUUGUAAUUCCUAUCACAGAUGCAUCUGAGCAUACAACAUCGCUCUAUGCAUGUCCCGUCGCACGUGGUGGACAGCACGAGAAGGUGGCGACGACUGUGAACGAGAUCGGAGAGCUAGUGGGAAGACUACCAACAGACAGCGCAGGAAACUUCCGAUACUCUCCGGAUGCGCACACCUUGGUGUUCACGGCGCAAGUCUUUCAAGACAGCGAAUUGGCAACCGCUGUCUCCCAGGAGCGCGCUUGGGACGGCAGGAAAGAUACGGCUCGCGCGUACAACGGUCAAUCAUAUGUCCGGCAUUGGAGUCACUACACUGGCCCUAUGCGUUCUUCCUUGUUCACCACGUCUCUCUUGGCGCGUGGAGAACAAUGGGAGCUCGGCGGUAUCUAUACUGACCUAUUGAAAGGCACGACGCAUCAAGUACCGUCCGAAGACACUCCUGGAAAUGACUUUGAUGUUUCGGCUUCGCAAGUGGUGUAUACGACAAAAGACGCCAGUCUUCGCGAGGCCGUUCAAUACAAGAAGAAUAUCUUCGUGACUGAUAUCAACGGUCGCUCUCCUCCCCGUGAGCUCACAUCCGGUGUGCACGGCGGGGCCUUCACCCCUGUGUUCAGCCCAGACGGCCAACUGGUCGCAUGGCUGGAGCAGGAAAGUGAUGCGACUUUUGACGCAAAGAACCAGAUUGUCUUGUACAAUAUAGAGACGGGAACUCGAUCGGUAGUAUUACGAGAAUGGGAUCGCUCACCCAGCUCUAUCGUAUUCUCGUCAGACUCCAGCAAGUUGUAUCUGACGGCUCCUGAUGCCGCGCGCGUCAAGAUCUUUGCUUUCUCGUUGUCUUCUGCUGGCCUGGACACGGCGACUCCCAUCCAGCUCACACAAACUGGAGAGGCUACCGGACUUCGUCCCCUACCAGAUAGUCGAUUGGCCUACACAUACACGACACUCACCAGUCCCGGGAGCAUCCAUCUACUCAGCGUCCCACAAGAUCUCUCCGAUCUUUCUACUCUCACAAAACAGGUCAUAGUCGAUCCGUCCGCCAAUAUACAGGACUCUCGGCGUGAAUACUCCAAGAUGGAGGAGUUCUGGUUCGACGGCGACUCACGCAAGAUACAUGGCUACGUGCUGAAGCCAAAGGACUGGACCCCAGAGAGAAAAUGGCCGGUAGUAUUACUCAUCCAUGGAGGACCGCAAUGGGUGUGGGGCGAUGCAUGGUCGGCCCCUUUUAAUACGCAGAUAUUCUCCGAACAAGGUUACUUCGUCGUCUGUAUCAACCCAUCCGGGUCCAUAUCCUUCGGACAAGAGUACACGGAUGCCGUGACCGGCGACUGGGGAGGAACACCACUUCGCGACAUCGCGAAAGGGUUCAAAGGUGCUCUCAAAGCAUACUCGGAGAUAGACCCGAAACGCGCUUUUGCAUUCGGCGCGAGUUACGGCGGAUAUAUGAUUAACUUGCUCCAAGGACAAGCAGCUACGCUGGGCCUGGAGUUCGCGGCGGUAGCGAGCUUGUGCGGGAUAUUCAACACCGAGUACCUGUCGUAUACAAUGGAUGAACUAUUCUUUAUGCGGCAUGACUGGCUUGGCUGGCCGUGGGAGAAGAAAGCUCGAAGUCUUCAUGAAGCUUUGAGUCCGCACAAGUUCGUGGAUAGAUGGCGGAUACCGCAGCUCGUCAUGCACGGAGAUCAAGACUACCGGGUACCUAUUACGGAGGGGACUGCCACUUUCAACGCGCUACAGCAACGAGGUAUCCCCAGCCGUCUCAUUGUCUUUGAGAAGGAGUCGCAUAUCUUUACCAACAGAAACAACAUACUGAUGCACUUCAAUGAGGUGUUCGCGUGGUUCGAGCGCUUCUCGAGGUCAACGUAG